AUGGAUGGACCCCUGAAUAAGAUGAGGGAGGAAGUACAACCAAAAAAGAGGAAGAUGGAGGGGACUAAACCCAGAGAGACUUCCAGAUUAUCAGCAGGUCGUGUUGCACACAUCUCAGACAUGAGGAUUUUACUUCUGGGAUACAGAAAUGCCGGGAGGAGUUCAUCAGGAAACACCAUCCUGGGCAAAAAGGACUUUGAUACUUCAGGAAGAACAGCUGAGUGUGUGAAGAGAGAAGGAGAAACAGCAGGCAGACACAUCACUGUAGUGGAGGCACCUGGAUGGUGUGAGGACUACACCAUAGACUACACUACUGAACGUGAUAAACAAGAGAUUGUCCUCAGUGCGACUCUGUGUCAACCAGGACCACAUGCCAUACUCCUGGUCAUUAGGGUGGAUACACCAUUCAAUGAGACACACAGAAAAUCAGUGCAGGAACACCUGGAGCUUUUGGGUGAUAGAAUCUGGAAUCACACUAUAGUGCUGUUUUCCAGCGGGGACUGGCUGGGAGACACAAACACUGAGCAGCAUAUUGAGAGUGGAGGAGAGGCCCUGCAGUGGAUUACUGAGAAAUGUGAGAAAAGGCACCAUGUUUUGGAUAAUAGGAAGAGUGGAGGUGACCAGGUGACAGAGCUGCUUGAGAAGAUAGAAGAGAUGGUGGCAGAAAAAAGGGGCCAUCACUGUAUUGUUGAUGCAUGUAAGAUAAAGAAGAGGUUUGAGAAAAAGAAAGAGGAAGAAAGAAGAGCAGAGGAGAGGAAGAUGAAGGUUAAGAAACAGAGCGAGACCGUUCGAUCAUCUGCAGGUGGUGUUGCACACAUCUCAGACAUGAGGAUUGUACUUCUGGGAUACAGAGAUGCUGGGAAGAGUUCAUCAGGAAACACCAUCCUGGGCAAAGAGGAGUUUGAUACUUCAGGAAGAACAGCUGAGAGUGUGAAGAGAGAAGGAGAGACAGCUGACAGACACAUCACUGUAGUGGAGGCACCUGGAUGGUGGCAGAAUUACACUUUAGUGAACACUCCUGAACGUGAUAAACGAGAAGUUGUUCUCAGCGUUUCUCUUUGUCAUCCAGGGCCCCAUGCUCUAGUCCUAAUUAUUAGAGUGGAUGUGUCUUUCACAGAGUCAUUCAGAAAAGCAGUGCAGGAACACUUAGAGCAUCUAGGUGAGAGAGUCUGGAGUCACACUAUAGUGAUGUUCACUAGAGGAGAUCAUUUGGGGAAUACAAGCAUUGAGCAGCACAUUGAGAGUGAAGGAGAGGCUCUGCAGUGGGUGGUAGACAAAUGUGCGAACAGGUACCAUGUCAUAGACAAUAAGAAGAGUGAUGGAGGUCAGGUGACGGAGCUGCUGGAGAAGAUAGAAGAGAUGGUGGCAGGAAACAUUGGUGAUCAUUUUUACAUUGAUGAAAAUGAAUUGAAUAAACUUUUGGAGAAAAAGAAUGAAGAAGAAAUAAGAGCAAUGGAGAAGAAGAUGAAGGCGCAGAAACAAAGAGAAAUGUUGAGAUCAUCAUCAGGUGGUGUUGCCCCGAUCUCAGACACGAGGAUGAUAUUGCUUGGAAACAGAAAUGCUGGGAAAAGUUCGUCUGGAAACACCAUUCUGGGCAGAAAGGAGUUUUAUACUUCAGAAAGAACAGCUGAGUGUCUGAAGAGAGAAGGGGAAACAGCAGGCAGAUGGAUCACUGUAGUGGAGGCACCAGGAUGGUGGAAGAAUUACCCUGCAGCAAUAUCUCCUGAACAUGAUAAACGAGAGAUUGUCCUCAGUGUUUCUCUCUGUCCUCCUACACCACAUGCCAUACUCCUGGUCAUUAGAGUGGAUACACCAUUCAAUGAGACACACAGAAGAUCAGUGCAGGAACACAUGGAGCUUCUGGGAACAAGAGUCUGGAAUCACACUAUAUUGCUGUUCACCUGUGGGGACUGGCUGGGAGACACAAGUAUUGAGCAGCACAUUGAGAGUGGAGGAGAAGCUCUGCAGUGGGUUACAAAGAUAUGUAACAACAGGUACCAUGUUUUAGACAAUAAAAAGCGUGAUGGUGGCCAGGUGACCGAGCUGCUAGAGAAGAUAGAAGAGAUGAUGGCAGGACGCAACGGCCAUCUCUAUCACAUAGCUCCAGUUCAUACAAAGAAGCAGUUGGAGAAAAAGAAUGAAGAGAACAGAAGAGCAGAGGAAAGGAAGAUGGAGUUGCAGAAACAGAGAGAAACUCUCAGAUCAUCAACAGGACCCCAUGCCCUUCUCCUGGUCAUUAGGGUGGAUGUGCCCGUCACAGACACAUGUAGAAGAGCAGUGCAGGAACACCUGGAGCUUCUGGGCGACAGUGUCUGGAGUCACACUAUAUUGUUGUUCACAUUUGGGGACUGGCUGGGAAGCACAAGCAUUGAAACGUACAUUGAGAGUGGAGGAGAGGGUCUGCAGUGGGUUGUUCAGAAAUGUGGGAACAGGUAUCAUGUUGUAGACAAUAUGAAGAGUGAUGGUGGCCAGGUGACAGAGCUGCUGGAGAAGAUAGAAGAUAUGGUGGCAGGAAACAGUGGCUCUCUUUAUGAAACCCCACGGAAACAAGCAAAGAGCAAGAAUGCACCUCCCAAAAAAAGGAAUAACAAGACAGCCUACCUGACAGACUGGGGGUUGGCUAACAUGAGGGAUUCUCUUGCGGAGUUUGGUCUUGCAGCCUCGGGAUCGAUGUGUGGACCUCGAUCAGCAGGAACAGAACUCUACAUGCCUCCAGAACUCCUCCUGGAGAAUCAACGCUGCAGCUCCAUGUCCGACAUGUGGUCUCUUGGACUCACCUAUCUCCACAUGUUCACGGGCUCUGUGCCAUGGACCCUGAAAAAACAGCUUGCGUUGACAGGAGUGCUCUUGAGGCAGGAGCGUCCCCAUGCCCUGGCUAAACUGCAGCCGCAUCUCACUGAGAUUGUGGAGCCACUGGUGCAGUAUGAACCCCAGUCACGCAUGACUGCCACAGACCUGGUGACAUUUUAG